AUGAGCAAUCACUCGGAUUCACUUUGUAGUUUCGCAUCACAGCUUUCUAAGUUGGCCGAUUCGUCUUGUAGCGAUGAUGAGAAGAACAAAGACGCUGUUGCCAUUGCGCAGAAUAUCCUCAAAGCAGCCGGAGGAUCGAUGCCGGAAUGGAUGGAUAGAAUGGCCAACGCCAUGCAGUUGAUCGCUCUGAAGCUUUUCUUAGACUGGGAAGUCUUCGAUAUUAUUCCCAUGGAUGACUCGGUGUCGUAUGACCACCUAGCGGGUCAUUUAGUAGCAGACGUUUCUCUUAUUAAACGUCUUUCUUGGGUUCUAAUAUCCGGCGGGAUCUUGACCCAGGUUGGCGAAGAUAGGGUUGCGCAUAACGAGAAGUCCAAAUCGUAUCUUUCUGGCACACCUAAUGAGCUAUUCCUCCGUAUGAUGUACGAAGAGCACAUCUUGACUGCCCUGAAACUCCCUGAGUAUUUCGCGCUGUAUGGUCGCCGCGAACCUGCAACUCGUAUCCAUACUCCCUACGCUUUCGCCCGUGGAAAGCCGGAGAGUGAGGUAUGGGAGAUCCAGCGAGAGAACCCAGAACAGGUCAAGGGAACCAUGAAGCGAAUGGAGAUGCUGCAGCAAUUUAUUCCGCUAGAGGGAAUCUACGACUUUAGUUGGGUGCGAGAAAAGGUCCCAGAAGACCACGACCGACCAAUUUUCGUCGACGUGGGUGGCAGCAAGGGACAUGCCAUCAGAGCAAUCUUGAAAGAGAACCCUUUUCUCCCUGCAGACCGUGUGAUUCUACAAGACAGAGACGAGGUCAUCGAGCAAGUAAUUGCGCUAAAGCACCCUGAGCUUGAAAGGGUCAAGUUUCAGGUGCAUGAUUUUCACACUGAGCAGCCUGCGAAGAACGCAUUGAUCUACUGGAUCCGCCGAUGCCUGCACGACUUCGGAGACGACGACAGUGUCAAGAUUCUUUCCCAACUCUCAGAUGCCAUGGGCUUGGAUAGCAAGGUAUUGAUUGUUGAAUACGUCCUCCAGAGCCCUCCGUCGCUAAUGGGCGCUCUGGCGGACUUCGGAAUGAUGAACAUCGGCGGAAAGGAGCGAACGGCCGAGAACUGGGAGACGUUGGUGGCUCAUGCGGGCUUGAAGAUCGAGAAGUUCCAUGGCAUGGAUAUGAAGAUGCAGGUAAUCGAAUGUGUCAAAGUCCGAAUUUGA